AGUGCCAUAGUGAACGCCUUGAUUGCGGUUUUCAGAGGACCAGGUCGUAGACAGGCCCGUUAUCUCCGGCUUUCUAUCCACUUUGUCCCGGCUGUGCGUCUGUGGAGUCAUGGCUCUCCGCCCUCUGUGCGCUUUCUAUCUGCUGCUGCUGCUCCAGCUGCUGCCGCUGCAAGUCCUUUCCCAGGGGGACUUCGACCUGGGGGAUGCUCUGGAUGACAAGACACCACCAACUGCUACACCAAAGCCAGCAGCACCAGGAGGAGAAGCCGGAGGAGAUCCUAUUCUGGAUUUGCUUGACUUUGAUGAUGCCACAAUCGCUACCAAAGCCCCACCCAAGGUUGUUCCUAAGGUCCCCACAAGCACCAAGGCCCCAGCCAAGCCCAAACCCAAACCAGCUUCUGAUGACUUUGACCUGGCUGAUGCCUUGGACCCCAACAAUGACAUUGGUGGCAAGGAUAAGAACAAGGGGCAGGGAGGUGGAUUUUCUGACAGUGAUCUCAUUGAUGUGAGUAAAGAUGACACCUACAAACCUGAUAAAGGCAAAGGGGGGCGACCAAGUGGUGACAAAGAUCAGAUUAACCAGUAUGAUGACAACAGUGAGACUACAGCAGAGGUGGGCACCAUUGCAGGGAUUGUUAGUGCGGUUGCCAUGGCACUGGUGGGCGCAAUCAGCAGCUACAUCUCCUACCAGAAGAAGAAGUUCUGCUUCAGUAUACAGCAGAGCCUGAACACUGACAUGGUGAAAGCUGACAACCCUGACACAGUGGUGGCAACAGAACCACAAGUCCAACAGACUCUCUUGGAGCCGCCCAAUGCUGAGCCUCCUACUGAAGAGAAUGCUGUGUAACACACACAUGAAGGUCCUCCCCCCCACAACUCAUCCCUAUGUAUACACACGCACAAAACACGCAUACACCCACAAACACACACACACAAACACUCUCACAGCCAUGCUACAGGCCAGACUGUUGUGUAGCAUGUCAUGUUGAUCCUGUAGUUUGUGCUGCAGAAGCUGAGAUUUCUAGUCCUUCUACGCUGAAUGUGGUUUUUAUUCUCUUGCCAGUUAUGGAAUUUUGACAAAUGUAUGUGUACAUAGUAAUUUAUUGUUUUGACACCACUAACAAUGUUAGCUUCAGUUAUCUGUGGGCUGAAGCUGCAGUGGCAUCAUAUCCAGACACAGCGUGAACAGUGGGGGAAGAAUACAGAAAGAAGUUCUACAAUUCUACAGUUUCGUUUAGCAGACUCUUUUAUCCAAAGCGAUGUACAUCUGAGAGUAGAUACAACACAAGCAAGGAUCUAGUUGAUCUUAUUGUAUUGUGUGGGUGAGAGAAACUCAUCUGGGCAUCUGUCAGUAUGUGCCAAGCUGCUCUGAGUUCACGGAGAUUUAGUCACUGUACAUUGAACUAGGUGGAUUACUUACUGACUAGAUAACGUUUGGGAUACUGAUGAAUAAAUUACUUGCAGCCUGAUUUUAAAAAGAGACAGAAAAGUUUGUAUUUUGUGCAGCUAAACUUUCAGUGAACCAGAGUAUGCUGUGAUGCAUACCAUUGUAUUUUUAUUUUCUUGUAAUUGUGUUUGUUUUCUGUGAAUGAAAGAUGUGAAUUUUAAUCAGGAAUAUCUCAUGCCUUUACUUGUUACGGAACACAGUGGCUUUCAGUUUUACUUUUUCUUUUGACAGAUAAUUGAUCUUCUGUCAUAAAUCAAAGCAUUUACUUUUGUUGAUGACCACUGAAGUAAAUCAGAUCUAAACUGGAACAACCCUUCUCAAAAUUAAGGAAUGGAGAUCUGUAUUUUCCCUCCACUGUGGUGCUGAAUUUGAAUGAGAGACAUUUAACAAGGCCCUUGUCAUAGCCCUGUAGCAACUGAUUGCUUUGUUAAAUGUUGUGAUCACAUAGAAAGGAUUCACUACAGGGGUCAGCUCCUAGAACUGGAAAGCUAAUACACAUAGAGACUAACUAAUCCUACAAAAUGUGACAUUUUUAUUUAAUUUAUUGCAUUUUCAGUUUGCUAUGAGCACAUCAUAAUCACUGACUACUAUAGUAAUGUUACAUACAUUAAUAAUUCAGGGUCAAUGAAGUAUCUAAACACGCUUAAUUACAGUUUGACCCACUUGGUUCAUGUAUUGUAUGGGCUUCACUGUUAUCUGAGAAAGUUCAUUAGUAAGUAAUGUGCGUAGUCAUGAAUUGGAGUUACUGCAUGUAACUACUGUUUAUAUCAUUUGAUGGUUACAUCAUUAGUUGCUGCAUGUACGUCCAUGUAGGUCCAUCUACUUCCUCCUCACGUACAAAGUUGCCUUAUUCAGAUUUGGAUCUUUUUUGCAGUGAGGAAAAUAAGGCAUCUGAACAUUUCUGUCUACAAACUGCGUGCGACUUUUUAUAGUGUAAAUAACUUAAUAUUUCAAAUAGUUUUUGUUUCAACUAGCCUUUAGUUAAUUACAAUGCCUAGUGAGUGGAGCCUGGAGGAGAUUGGUUGUUCAAAAUGGGGAUGUGAAACUCCCAGUGAACCACCCAUCAUGUUCUUUGUAAAGGACUGAGUGGUUGACACAAUAGCAAUUUAGGUUCAAAAGAAAAGCUGAAGUUCAGAAGUUUGAACAUAGUGCCAAAUAUGGAACAUCAGAUAAGCACUCACUGCACUUGAUGUAAGAAAUUGAAGCUAGCUACAUCAGUUCCACUGCAGUUUAAGCUUAAAAAUGCACAGCGCGUGCGUUCUCCGUUAAUCUGAAAGGGAUUUUCUUCAGUGGAAAAAGAGGAAAUGUCAGCACUUUGUUCCGGGAAAAAAGUUGACUGCGAUGAGAUUCGUGGACAGGCAGAAAAUGUUGAAGAUGCUACAUAAUAGCAAAUAUUGUUUGCGCUCUGUUUUCUUGUGUUAGCAGUAGUGUGUGUGCAGAAACACAACUCUGAAGUGACCUUUUUCCCAUGGCGGCCAUUUUGACCUGACAUCAUUGUGAUGACUUGUUUUGGGAACAGCGGUACAAAAACAUAAACUAAGCAGACUGAUCAGAAUGUGAAGCUAUUAGAUGAAACCUUGUAGGAAUCCAAAGCAUAAACUGAUAAAGAUAAGUUCAAAAUCAUCCAAGUAUCCUGUGAGUUACACUGUUACAUCUGGCUUUAGUGCCUUCUGAGUAUCCAUGAGGCUUAACAAACAUAAUAAAUGCAUUCUCUCCCUCAAAACAUACACAAGACUAUAUAGUUUUAUGUUCUUGGUGCUUUACUGUCACCAGCUAUCUGUCAUUAGAACAAUGUGAAAGCAUUCCUGGGAAUGUGUAGCAUGUAACCAGUAUGCCUAACACCUUUGAAGCUGUUACUCUACAGAGUGCCUUUAACCUCAUUACUGUCCUGAAACAGGAGACAUCAAUACCAAUUGUCAUAUGUGACGCCAAUGUUCAGCCCAGAGACCCUGUGUUUUGUUUUUCAGGGUUGAUAUUGUGUUGUCACAGCCUGCUACACUGGAUAUUACUGUCUGCCACAGAAUCAUCGAAGAAGCUGAUACGGAUUUGUAACAGUUUUCCAGCCUCACUUCUUCCUAAACAAACUAGAUGAUAUGUUUCGUUGUCCACAUGCACUACCAUUGAAAAGUUUGGGAUCACUUGUCCUUAUUUUUGAAAGCAAAGCAGUUUUUUUUUUUUAUGAAGAUAACAUUAAAUGAAUCAGAAAUACAGUCCAGACAUUCUUAAUGUGGUAAAUGACUGUUCUAGCUGGAAAUGGCUGAUUUUUAAUGGAGGCCCAUUUCCAGCAACCAUCACUCCUGUGUUCUAAUGCUACAUUGUGUUAGCUAAUGGUGUUGAAAGGCUCAUUGAUGAUUAGAAAACCCUUGUGCAAUUAUUUUAACACAUGAAAAAAAGUGAGAGUUUUCAUGGAAAACAUGAAAUUGUCCGGGUGACCCCAAACUUAUGAACGGUACUGUAUGUCUACACACAAAAAUAUUCAUACCUGGUGAAAGUUAUGUUCUUUUUGGCUGUGUCCCCUAAUCAGCGUAUCAGAAAGGGAGUUUCAGAUGCAGUUAAACACUAGAUAGUGUUCAAAAUGGAUGCCAUGGGAAUAGGAUUUACAAAAGUAGAAAGAAGAUGUAUUGAUGAGAUAAGCAAUGGAUGUUUGAAGUCACAGAGGAGUGACUAACUGCCACACAGAACAUUGUAGUUCAGAUAAUCUGCAUUUUAAAAAGGUAGGAGUGCUUUAGCUGUGUAGAUAAUUUUAGCAGCCAUAGGUAGCUUUAGGUUUGAAAUAGUGUCCUAACAAAUACUUUUGGAAAGUUGUGAUGGUUGUACUGUGAGCAGUUCUGUGUUUAUACUAGUAGAAGACUCUGAGAGCAUAUUUAUGCUCCAUGUUAGACUUAAGUCUUUAGUGUGUGUGUUUACACUCUUCGCCUGCUCUUUUUACACUUUGUACCUGAAAUGAAUUUUCCUAAUAACAUAGCUGAACUUUUGUAGAUAGUUACUGCUUCCUCGUGAGUGAGCUUGUUGUGUUUUUCUUCACACUUCUUGAGUCUUGUGUGUUCUUACAUGAGAAAGCUUUAACUGGGAGACCUGGGCUGCAUCGGAAAACCAUUCACUGUUUUCUAUACUGUCUGAUAUUUAGAUUGUUUUAUAGCGCUGCUCAAGAUCUAAAGUGAGGAUUUAAAUUAUCCCACAAUGCAGCAUGAAAAAUAGUGACUAAAGUUGUCGUGUUUUGUGGUCGAGGGUGGCACUGGCAAAGUCAACAAAAGACGACUGUUUCAUUUGUAAAGGUGGUUGUGUGGAAGUUAACAGAAUGUACUCACUACAUUACUUUUUCAUUCAGGCUGUAGUUGAAUAUUUCUGAGCUUUCUGAAAAAGUUUUCCAAUUAGAAUAUGCACCCACUGCAUGCAUGUCUGCAAAACCCUUUUUUUAAUGUGAGAGUUUCGGUUCUGGCCUUUCUUUUAAACUGUUCUUUGAAAAACAGACCAACAACCACCUAUGCAUAAAUGUGAAACGUGCGACCAUAACUGGUUAGCAACUACCAUUAUGGAUUAUACUGGACUGAGUAGUGUCUGACAGAAUAGUCUGUAUCGACACAGGAGAAAAUGUGUGAAGGACUUUGGAUGUUAGCUCUUGACUUUAAUGUGUAUAAAUCUCUGUUUUUAUAUUUUGUCCUUAAAUAUGUGUAAUACUGAAUGAGUAUGUGUUGUAUGAACUGUAAUAGUGUUGGACAGUACAGUCAUCCAGCUGUGCUUGUGGUCUAUGGGAAGUUUGGGUUACAUAUCUGACAGGUUGCGGCAUAGUUCUACACAAAUACUACACUUUGCUCUCCUCCAUGUUGUCUUGGAGAAGCAGACUCUUCUAUCCACAAUUCUUUUGUCCACUCUUUUACUCACAGUCCUUGAACACUCCAGCUGCUGCAGCACAACAUGCCACAGCAGCCGGUUGCACAAAGAUAGACAAAUAUGGUGAAUACAGACACUGUGCUCAUCAUUAACACAAAGCUGUGUAUGUAUUUUGAGUGUGAAGCAGCACAACUUUGCUGAACAUUUAAUUUCUAAAGCCAAGGUACAACCUCAAGGUCCAUUCAUGGUGCCACCUUAACCUCGAAGUCAUAGUAGCACCCCGGCUUCUGCUCUUAAAAUGAAACAAAUGCUGGGUAUAAAUCUUGAAAAAAAAAAAACUGUCAUAUGUGUGAAGACCUCAGAGGGUAGACCUCUGUUAUCAUAAAUAUAAAAGCUGGGAUAGUCAGUAUUUUUUUGGAUUCACUGGACACAUAUUCUAUACUAACCUUUCUACAUGUAGUAAUUGAAGUGGUAUGAAAGGAGCUCCUUUUUCAGCCUUCGGAAAAUCUACAUUUCUGUCCAUGGCUGUGAGGUUCACAUGUAUAUGGGCAGACAGAUCUUUGUGCAACCAGUUGUCAAUCCUGUAACAUCCCAUUCAGAUGAGAGAAUGAUAAACCAGUGUUGCCUCUCAGUUUCUUAGGGGUCUUAUAUCAUUUUCUAAAAGCGAUCCAGCAUGUUGAACUAGCCCACUGUGUUGUGUUCAGGGACUCUGGGUGGUGGGAGUUGCUGUUAAAUUGAUGAGUUCACCUUGUAAGACUCAUGCAUGGAUAAUCUCUCUGCCCUAUCAGCUGUAAUUCAAAUGGUGCUUUUCUCUUUGCCUUAUUGUACCCUGCACAGUCCCACAGGGACGCGCCACAGUAUUCAUCUAACACACCGUAGCUGCAGCUGAGCAGCAGCAGCAGCCACUGCCUUCAUCUUCUAUGAUGCCCAGAGGACACAACGCUGUGGCUGUUUGAUCAUGCUCAGGCUGCUGAGAGCUGAACUUCACUCACAUCAAACACAAAAUAACAAAACUUUCUGUUGACUGAAUGUAUUCAAUAUCUUCAUGUUUUAUAGCAAAAACAUUUGGCUUGUAGCAAAAACUCUAAUCCACCAAAGACGUAGUGCUGAUUGUGAUUGACUUUGCCUUUAUUUUAUUGGAAAUGAAAGAAAAUAAUACUGGAGAAAAAGCAUUGGGUCUGUGCUUGAAUCUGAAUGUAACGCAGAUGACCUCAAGUGCAACAUUUGAAUUAGUUUGAUCACUAGGAUGAGAGUGAGGAGUAGAGUGUAUGUGGACGUAAAGGGUCUGUUUUAUAACAAGUCAAGAAAGUAAAGAUGCACCUGAUAUGAUACGUGUGUAGCUGUGUGCUCACUUCAGUACACAAUGUGUGAAUGACUGCGCUACUGUUGGUACUGAGGAUGGUGAUGCUGUUUUAAGGUUCUAUGUGGAACACUGCACUUACCAGACUGUACUGAUCAUACAGACAGUAGAUACCAUAUUAUGACCAUCAGUACAAUCUAAAGCUGCUACACAGCUGAAUGGCCUACCAGCAGAAUGUAGCUAAUUUAAUGCUACGUCAUGUAGCAGUUACACCCUACUGCGGUUUACAUCCUUGUGAAUGGUUUGGUGUUGGGUGGCUGAAGACCCUGGGGAGGUGUUUACAUUAGGGGCUUGGAGCACAUCAACCAUGUGUGGUUGUUAAGGACACUGUAGAGGUGGAUAUUAGGCUGCAGGGGUGUUGCUUUGUUUUGUGCCAUUUAGGGAACAAUGGACUAAGGAUGGGCUGAGGACGCUUUUAAAAAUCCCUAGCUGUAUAUCUUCUGAACCUUUUGAAUGGAGCACAUUCAAGGAAAUGAUUGGAUAAUAGGAUUUCUGAUUUAAACACAACAGCAAGAUAUCAGCAAACCCAGAUAUUUUCAUUAAAGCUAGUUGCAUUUAAAACAUUGGAUUCACUGUGUCACAAGUGCUUCUCUGCAGGAUGCAUAAAAAGUUGAAACCAUGACCAGAGAUCAAAUGAGAUGCUGACCAUAUUAAAAGCUCGGGAAGGUUUUUACAUUUAUGAUUCUACUCUUCCCUCUCAAACAGCAGAUUAAAGACAUUCUAAAACCGCAUGUUCAAGUUGUACGAAAACGUUCCUUCUGUCCCGAAUAAGCUUCAGUUGUGCGGGUUUGGGCUCAAUUACUUGCUGCCAUGACUGAAGUUUCAGAAGAACUGUCAGGCAGUUUUGAGGUACUGAAAAUCCUUGCUUCUGUCAAAUCAUUAACAGUAAAAUGCGACUUUCACCAUGAACAAAAGUGCUGUCAAACUGGCCAAAAAACAUGUUUAGUAAUUUCUGCUGAAGCAAAGAAACAGUUGUUGCUGUUUUUGCUCAUGCUUCAAUUGGUCUUUCAAAAUGUGUCUGCCUUUUUUUCCCACAAUAAAAUAUCAAUUUUCACAAUCAAUUGCUGAAUGUUGAUCAAAUAAUUUUACCAUUGGAUCUUUUAAUCAAUUUUAAGAUAUUUGUUGACAGCCCUAUUGUUCAAAGCACAGAAGCCUGGAUCUAUUUUUCUCAAGGAAUGAUUGCACUAAACCAGCCUGAUUUGUACAUAAUAACACCAUGGUAUCCAGACUGCAUGGGAUCUGCACUUAUGUGGCAACUUGUCCACAGUGUGUCCACAGUGAAGACACAGUGUGUCCACAGUGAAGACACAGUGUGUCCACAGUGAAGACACAGUGUGUCCACAGUGAAGACACAGUGUGUCCACAGUGAAGACACAGUGUGUCCACAGUGAAGACACAGUGUGUCCACAGUGGCAUCACCCCGUCAUGCUGCUGCGCUGCCUGUUCUGUCCCUCCAGUGCUGGUCACUGUGUCAUGCAAAGUCAGACAAAAUCCUGCAGCCUCACUUUAUGAUUCAGAAACAGGUUCUGGUAAACAAGAACAGCCACAUCUUGUUCCCAGUACAGAGCCCAGCAGAACUAAAACCUCACAGAAAUGAGGGCUGCCUUUGUAAGGUCAUCCACCACAUGUACUCACACUUCUACAGUAUACUGCUCUGAUACACAUACGCACUUUGAUGCAUGCUUUUGUCUACAUACUGUAUUAUAAUUACUUGCACGUGUUGAACUGUGUGUCUUUCAGACAACUGGAUGUUGGACACUCCUUUGAAGUCUAAUAGUGAACUCUGCUUUCUCUCUUAUUCCACUAUGCUAACUUUGACAAUAUGUUACAGGUAUCAUUAUAUGAACCAAUAAAAUAAACAAUUUCAAAAGACAAGGAAGACACUGGA